AUGGUAAACACCAGCAAUGAACACCCAAGCAAAGGCAGCAACGAAGUUGAUGCGACGAAUGACGAAUUUGAUGAUGAGCCCAGAGAAAGUGCGGACGAAAGAGCAGAUGAGAGAAGAUCAUUGAGAUCACCAGAGCGCAGAGUGCGACGUCCUUUCCAAGAUGACGAAAAGGAUACUGGGAAGGGUCUUGAAAGAACCCUUACUCUGACUAAUUGUGUCACUAUGGUUGUUGGCAGCAUCAUUGGAGCUGGCAUAUUCGUCAGCCCUACAGGAAUUCAGGAAGCUGCUGGCUCUGUUGGAUCCUCACUUAUCAUGUGGGUUGUUUGCGGUAUAUGGGUUGGUAUCGGCGCGUAUAUGUAUGCUGAACUGGGUACGCUUAUCACCAAAUCCGGAGGCGAUUACGCUUACAUCUUGGAAGCGUUUGGACCGUUUUUGGCUUUCAUCCGUUUAUGGAUUGAGAGCAUAGUUGUAAGACCUUGUGCGGUUACUAUUGUUGCAAUAUCGUUUGCCUUAUAUAUCAUGCGUCCAUUUUACUCCACAUGCGAGCCACCACCUUACAGCACGGAGCUUAUAGCAGGACUGAUGAUAGUUAUUUUGGGUGCUGUUAAUUGUUGGUCAGUAAGACUAGCGACAACAGUUCAAGACUGGCUCACUUAUGCAAAAGUCAUUGCACUCGUUUUAGUUAUCUUCACCAGCGCAGUACUGAUGAUAUUUGGUGGUCCACAGUACAGAGAAUCAUUUGAGAACAUCUUUGAAAGCAAUUUCCGAAGUUUUCACCAAGCAUCAGUGGGUUUCUAUUCAGGUCUAUUCGCUUAUCAGGGUUGGACCUACUUGAACUUUAUUACCGAAGAGCUCAUCAACCCAAAAAGAAACCUACCACUUGCUGUUAUGUACUCAUGUAUAAUCUGUACUGCUGUUUAUACCCUCUUCAAUGUCGCUUUGUAUGUCGUAAUCUCACCUGAAGAGAUGCUUAUCAGCCCUGCAGUUGCUGUGCUCUAUGCUGACAAGGUGUACGGCUAUUUUUCGUUCAUAAUGCCGUUAUGUGUAGCUGCCUCAACCGUCGGUGCUGCAAAUGGUAUUAUUAUGACUAGUUCAAGAUUGUUUUACGUUGGAGCUCGCGAAGGUCAGAUGCCGGUAGUGCUGACCAUGAUAAACAAAAGGCUACGCACGCCAAUACCAGCCGUUAUCUUUACGUGUCUCGUGUCUAUCGGAUAUCUGUUCAUAUCCAGUAAUCUUUACGUUCUUAUAAACGCAAGCCAAGUGACGGCUUGGCUUGCAAUUACCGUUGUAGUUAUAGCAUUAUUAAGGCUCCGUUGUAAGUAUCCGUACGCAGAACGGACAGUGAAGGUCCCUCUAUGGUUAGCGAUUAUAUUCGUUAUUGGCUCAUCUGUAAUAGUCGUUCUACCGGUAUUUGGAUCUCCAGUGGAUACAGCUAUUGGCUUAGCUAUACUUUUCUCAGCUGUGCCCAUCUACUUUGUUUUUAUCGGCACUAAUGUAGUUCCCAACCUUAUAAGAGGAGCCACCGAAGGAUUCACCAUAUUUUUGCAAAAGCUGUUUAUGGUGUUUGACGACAAUGAGUAUAACAAGGAUUAAUAUUGCUCAUUAGCCUGAAAUGUUUUUCUGAUAUCAGAACAAAUACUCACAUUAUUGAGUUGUUUUUAAGCAAAUUCUUUGGUUGUUCGGUGUUUUAUGAAUAGAAGGG